AUGCCGGCUCUACCGCUUCUCUUACGGCUGCCAAUAGACGGGCUCGCGACCAGAACUAUCCAUGGCGACGCCCCCUCGCUCGUGGCUCGACAGCGAGACUCCGCCACGACCACCUUCGUUGUCAUCCCCGAGAUAUACGGCUCCCUCCACGACUCUCUCACGCCAGGCGCCAUCGUCGGCAUCGUCAUCGCCGCGGUCGUCGGCUUCAUCUUGCUGUUGCUCGUCAUAUACACGAUCCUGGGCUUCGGGCCCAUGUCCAGCCUCGUCCGCACCGCAGAGGUCACCGAGUCCAAGUCGUACGUCUCCCGCAGCAUGCUGAGCUCCGCCCGCCCAAAGAGCGAAAAGCCCAAGAAGAAGGUCCCCUCGAUGCACGGCGCGAGGGUGCUCUCGAUCCGCCGGGAGCGCACCAGGAAGACGUCCAAGCGCAGGAGUGAGAGGAGAGGCAAGGAGCCCGUCAUAGUAGAGCCCAUGCGGAGGAAGAGGGAGCCGUCGCCGCUGACGACGAUUUCCUCGUCAUCUGGAGCCGGGCCGGCACCCAGGAGGGAUCCCCUCCCCUCGGACUACGACGAGGAGAACGAGGUGGUUGUCAUUGAGGAAACCACUCCUUCGUCAAGGCGGCAGAGCCGAAAAGCCAGGAGAUCCAGCAGCCGACGAUCCAGCUACAGCGAGGACGACGACAGGAGAUACCGCCGUUAA